AUGGAAGCUGAAGAAUUUCAAAAUCAACAAAGAGAUCAAGAAGCUCAAGAAGAUGAAAAUGUUCCAGUUGAAAGAUUAAGAAGAAGAAAUUUGAAUGCUAUUAGAAAAAUCGUUGAUCUUACUGGUGAAAAAGUUCGUGAAGCCUUUGAACAAUUUUUAGAAGAGUUCACUGUUGAUUUUUCAAAUGAAAAUGCUACGCAAGAUGAACUAGAAGUUAAUGAAAGAUUUCAAGGGAAAGUUUACAUAGCACAGCUAAAUCUUAUGAAGGCUAAUGAUUCAAGUACAAUUUACAUUGAUUAUGAACAUUUAGUCACAAGAGAAAAUGGUGUUCUAGCAGCAGCUAUUAGAGAUCAAUUUUAUAGAUUCUUGCCUUUUCUUCAAAAAGGUUUAAGAAGAGUCAUCAAGAAACAUACACCAAAAUUAUUAGAAGUUUCUGCGAAUGGUCUUGUCGGCGGUGGUCAAACUGAUUUGGAAACUGGGUCAACUCAAUCAUCAAGUAUUAAUAGUAUUGAAAGAGUUAUUCAAAUAAGUUUUUACAAUAUGCCAGAUCUUUUAAAAAUUAGAGAGUUGAAAGGUGAACAAAUUGGUGCACUAUCAUCUAUUUCAGGUACUGUUACAAGAACUUCAGAAGUUCGUCCAGAAUUAUUCAAAGGUUCAUUCACUUGUGAUAACUGUAGAGCAGUUGUUGAUGGUGUUGAACAAGUUUUCAGAUAUACAGAACCAACACAUUGUCCAAAUCCAGAUUGUGGGAAUCAAGCUUAUUGGACUUUAGAUAUAUCAAAAUCUCAAUUUGUUGAUUGGCAAAGAGUCAGAGUUCAGGAAAAUUCACAUGAAAUUCCAACAGGUUCAAUGCCUAGAACUUUGGAUAUUAUUCUUAGAGGAGAAUUAGUGGAAAGAGCAAAACCUGGUGAUAAAUGUAAGUUUGUCGGUACCGAGAUUGUUGUUCCAGAUUUAUCACAAUUGGGUAUACCUGGUGUUAAACCAUCUGCUAUUAGAGAUAGUGGAUCGGGUCAAAGAAGUGAUGGGUUAAACUCAGGUGUUACUGGGCUGGCUGCAUUAGGUGUUAGAGAUUUAACUUAUAAAACUGCAUUUUUAGCCUGUCAUGUUUCUUCAAUGGUCUCUGGAGAAGAUAGAGCUUUCAAAUUAGAUGACGAAUCUGAUGAACAUUCUGAUCAUGAUCAAGCUAAAUUCUUGGGCAGUUUAACAAGACAAGAAAUUGAAGAGUUAAAAGAAAUGGUUAAAGAUGAACACAUUUAUUCCAAACUAGUUUCUUCUAUUGCACCAGCUGUCUAUGGGCAUGAUAUUGUUAAAAAGGGUAUAUUAUUACAAAUGCUUGGGGGUGUUCAUAAGAAAACUGUUGAUGGUAUCAAUCUAAGAGGUGAUAUCAAUAUUUGUGUUGUUGGUGACCCUUCAACCUCUAAAUCCCAAUUUUUGAAAUAUGUUGUUGGGUUUGCUCCAAGAUCAAUUUAUACAUCUGGUAAGGCAUCCUCUGCUGCGGGUUUAACAGCUGCUGUUGUACGUGAUGAAGAAUCUGGAGAAUUCACAAUUGAAGCAGGUGCAUUGAUGCUUGCUGAUAAUGGUAUUUGUUGUAUUGAUGAAUUUGACAAAAUGAAUGUUACAGAUCAAGUUGCCAUUCAUGAAGCCAUGGAACAACAAACAAUUUCCAUUGCUAAAGCUGGUAUUCAUGCUACCUUAAAUGCAAGAACAUCUAUAUUAGCAGCUGCUAAUCCUAUUGGUGGUAGAUAUAACAGAAAAUUGGGGCUUAGGGCAAACCUGAACAUGACUGCACCAAUUAUGUCAAGAUUUGAUUUAUUUUUUGUUGUUUUGGAUGAUACAAAUGAAAGAACUGAUACUUUACUAGCUAGUCAUAUUGUUGAUUUACAUAUGAAGAGAGAUAAUGCAAUCAAUCCUCCAUUCACGGCUACACAAUUACAGCGUUAUAUCAAAUAUGCCAGAACCUUCAAGCCAAAAAUGACAAAAGAGGCUAGAGAUUUCUUAGUUGAAAGAUAUAAAGAGUUAAGAUCUGAUGAUGCUCAAGGUUUUGGUAGAAGUUCAUAUAGAAUCACUGUGCGUCAAUUGGAAUCUUUGAUCAGAUUAUCAGAAGCCAUUGCAAGAGCUAAUUGUGUUGAUGAAAUCACUCCAACAUUUGUCGCUGAAGCUUACGAACUAUUGAGACAAUCGAUCAUUAGAGUUGAACAUGAUGAUGUUGAAAUACCAGAAGAUGAUGACGGUGAUAAUGAUGGUGAAGCUGAAGAAAAAGAGGCUGAAGAAAAUGCUGACAGAGCUGAACAAGAAGAACAAGGGCAACAAGAACAAGAAAAAGAAGCACAGAAAAAGAAGAAGAAGAAACUUGUCAUUUCAUAUGAAAAAUUCACAAAGAUUGUUCAUAUCAUUGUGCCAAAAAUUGGUGAAUUGGAUCGUGAUAAUGAAGAAGCCAUGACAAUUGAACAAAUUGCUGAUUACUAUUUGCAUCAAAUUGAAUCAGAGUUGGAUACUGAAGCUAAAUAUUGGAAUGAAAGAGAAAUUGCAUUUAAAGUUGUCAAGAGAUUAGUCAAAGAAAGAACAUUGAUGAAGAUCAGGGAUGAAAUGAGCCAAGAAGAAUUAGCUGAAAGGGAUGGAGAAACAGUUAGAAAGAAUUUGAAGAUGCGUUAUGUGCUACAUCCAAACACUGCCAUUAUGGAAAACUUUGCCGGUGAAGAAGAGGAUGAGGCUCCACUUCCGGAGCAAAGAGAUGAAGAGUAA